AUGAGCGGGAAAAAGUUCAGGUCGCAAGCUUCGAGCAGUCGAGCAGCCGCUGGUGCGUUUGGAGGUAGCUCGCUCAGCUCAUUCGGAGGAUUUUCUACUGCUGGAGGGGAUCAAGAGACACCGGCUUCGUCCUUAUCCUAUGUCUAUGAACCCCCAGAUCUAUCACGGAUCCCUCACCCUCAGAUAGUGGUUACGUUUAAGAACCUUUUGAAAAAGGAUAGCACUACAAAAUCCAGGGCAUUAGAGGAACUUCAAAACCAUAUUUCCGGUUCCGAGUCGAGCAAUGUUCCUCUAGACGACGGGUUGCUAGAGGCAUGGUCCAAGGUCUAUCCGCGUACUUCCAUAGAUUCGUCUCGCAGAGUCCGUCAGCUCGCCCAUAGCCUACAAGGAUAUAUUGUAUCUACCGCUGGGAAACGCAUUGCCCGAUACAUCAGCGGGACCAUAGGCGCAUGGCUCGCGGGCUUAUAUGAGAACGAUAAACUGGUCAAGAAAUCUGCGCAAGAAUCGUUUACAAGGGCCUUCCCUACAGAGGAUAAACAGCAGGGAAUAUGGACAGUGUACCAGUCGUCCAUACUCGAAUUUAUCGUGGAUGCCACGCUUCAGCAAACCCCGUUGACUUUGAGCGACGAGCGGACCGUACGACCAGAUGAUGCAGAGGCAAAAUACGCGCGGGUGGUUGCUACGGCUUUGCAGGAACUUAGCACGGCUUCAGCCAAGAAACUCGAUCAGGACUUAGAUUCAAUUAAAAAGCUACUCCAAAGCCGGGAUCUUUGGAAAUUUUCCUACAGUGAGGAUGCUUUUGUCCGCCGGUCAUUAUACGAGCUGCUGCAAACUUGUCUGUCAAAGGGUAUCGGUUACCUCAAUUGGAAAAUCAUAAGUUCUUGUGUUAUAUCAAAAUCAUUGGGGAUAACACAGCGAGGCUCCGCUUCUACGUUCUCGGAGCUUUUAUUAACAUUGGCUGAAAAAUCCCCCCAAGUAUGGACAGCAGAUUACUCUGCCAAAACCCCCGUCAGGAAGCAACUAUUGCGGUAUAUCAAGGCUGGAUCACAAGGGGCCCAUCCUUCAUACUGGUCGGAUUUACAACUUUUAUUACAAGCCCUCCCAGCGGAGGUGUUGGAAAUUCAGGGGCAAGAUGAAGCUGCAGCAAAAUCUAUAUCUUCCAUUGCACAUGCCUUUCAUGAGUCCGUUGCGAGUAGGGAGGAGGCGAGAACAAAUGUACUAGCGGCUUGGACUGCUUAUAUCAAAACAGGUCUCUGGAUGGCUAGUCAAAUCCAAGGUGAGAAACGCCUCGAGUUUCUCCAAAGUUACCUGUUCCCGAUCCUGGAACAAUUCAUUGCGGCAGAUCAAGAGCGAGUUUCCUGGACAAUCGACGACCCCAAUGGGCCCCAGGUCUGUGUCGAAUUAUCUAGCGCACUUGGUCGCAUCAUAGAUUGCGAUGCCACGCGCGCUAUGUGGGCAAAAUUAGCAGCCCUGCUAAAGGAUAAGAUAUUAAUAUCCGAGCCAGAACAAUCCCAACGGUACCGAACGUCCCAGGAUUCCGUUUGCUCCCAAGGAAGCCGCUUUUUUAAGCUUGGCCACGGUGUUAUUAUUAAAACUGCUAGUGAUGAGGGACAAAGUUUCGUUGCAGAAACUAUUGAGGACAAUACGAUUCUCUUGAUAGAGACCUCCCUUCAGCUCCUUCAGUCUCGAAACGGGAAGCCGUAUGGGGCAGCAGCAGUAAUUGAUGAGGCACUGGCAAACAUACCCUCGGCGAUGUCUAAAAUGGAAGUCCUCGACUCGUUUAUUGCUGAUACCCUUCCGGGGCUGGUUAUGUCGCCUUCCGCAGAUCGCCUGAUAUCUGUCCUAUUUGCAUGUCGCGGCCGAAAAUAUUUUGACGAUGGCCUGACGAAAGUGAUUGAUACAUACUACAAUGCUCUCCCAACCUCCGCCCACGUACCCUCAAUAAGCAAGGUAUUCUCCUCCAUAACAUCUCGCGACCUAGAGUCCAACCCAACUUUAAAACCAUUGGUCAUGGGUAUCCUGGAUCGGGGCGUUCAAGGGAGCCGCCAAUCCUGGUUGGAUGUUGCUGCAGCUCUUAAGAAUAAAGAACUGAGACCUGCAAUACUAACCACCAUCCUAGACUCUUUAAUUGAGAUGCUGUCAAAUAACGAGUCGGCGAUGGAGAUUCUUCGUGGGCUCUUAUUACUAUCAACAGAAAGCGCUGAAGCAAUUCGAUCAUAUGUGGCAAGUCCCAAUGGUUCAAAUCUAAUAUCUAAACUCCUCUAUCUUACUGAAUCUUCCGAUGAUGAGGUUGCAUUACUUGCCGAAUCAUUGAAGGGCGAGGUAACGAAUAUUACGGGAGAAAAUGAUUCUCUUAAACCAACGCUUGAAGUUUUGGAAAAGAAUUUUAUGGUUGUGGAUGACGAAUCGUUAUCGGUUGAUUCGUUAGUGACCCUAACGCAAGAGCUCCUUAGCCAAUUCUCUACGAAUGACAAACCGCAAUUAUUAAUUAACCUGCUACCUCGUCAAAGCUCUUGGGAGGCUGCCUUAGAGCCAUUCCUUGAUGUUACUCCAAAACACGCAUGUUCGAUAAUGAGCCCUCUGGGUGGAGCUGUAUACAUCCUCGACUCAAUAUGGAGCUCAGAAACCUUACACUCCAUCCCAAGGGACAGGGACCAACUUACACUGGCGUUCCGGGUUGCAUACUAUGUCACUAAAAUUUUGCAUUCAAUCGAUAUGGAGCAUAUUCCAUUACCAUCCUUGGAAAGCAUUUUUAUCUACCUUCCAUUAGCCAUCCAGCUUAUUGACGACGAAUUAAGUAUUGACGGAUCGACGACAAUUUUAUACCUUCAUACCCCUGAAGCCCGGGCCACAGCAACAGAAAUUGUUUCCGAGGCUCGCAUACUCAUGAACGGGUGGAUCAAGAAGUCAUAUGCAGCCGAGACGUCUGGUGAUUCCGGGCAGAGAUCCUUUGUGUCCUUUUGGGAAAGAAAUAUAUCGAGAAUCGAAGGCAGUGGACCGCGAGCGUACCGUUUUGCGGAGGCCUUUGCUCGGAUUGUGGCAGAGCGGGAUGCUAUGGGGUCCAUGCCGUCAGCCAAUAGCGCACUACAGACGGCAAUAAAAUCAUCUGGAUCAUCUGACCCAUUUAUCAUAAUUGCAACUGUAGCUGGGUAUAGAGACUCGAUUAUCGAUACUCAGCCUGCCGGAAGGCUGUGUAAUCAGUUAGUGGCAGACGUGACAGGUUUGAAAGAUACCGAUGAGACUGGCGGCUUGCGGAAGCUGGUAACCCUCAACUCCCUGCUUCACGGUGAAAACAAUCCUGCAAAGAGCACACCCAUGCAGAGAUUAGUAUUUUUAGUAAAACACUUAGUUGUGUGUUUGCAAUCCGAGAAAUUUGGCCUUGGGAUAGUUUCAGAAAUAUUGAAAGUGUUGACGUCUGUGUUACCGCUGAUGAAAGAUAUCUAUGGGUCCCACUGGUCAGAAGUUUUCGAUAUGUUGAACGUAUCAUGGGGUAAAGGCGACAUGUCCGACGAAUUUCUUCCCGUUCUCCAUUUCUCGCUACGAUUGUUCAACUGCCUGAGGAAGCUAGCUACCGACGACAGCAAUGAAGACCUUGAAGAUGCAUGGAAGGAAGCUCAAAAGUCUCAUACAGAAAAUAUGGUCAACCUGUUAACGCAGUUUGACCCUUCAUUCCACUCCGACCAACCCUGGAACAUAACUACUGAUCUCCUAUCUCGUGAAUUAUCAGCAAUCAAUACUGAUACCCUUUCUGAUGUCAACGAACUCUUUUCAAGCCUUACUAUCGAGAGCAGGGGUGUACAGCGUGCAACUUACGGAAUACUUCACCGAGUGAUUCCAAAACUUCAGGAGACGUUGUCUUUUGAUGUGGCAUUAUCCAAAGCUGUUGUCAAUUUGCCUGAUGAGCUGCUGUCUUUACUCUCGGAGGUACCGCCAAUGGACCACUUAAGAGACAUUUUCAUAGACGAGGAUUCUUGGCUUAGAGCUCGCUCUUACCUCCUUGGUUGGAAGGUGGUUUUUGAUCAUUUUGCAUCCUCAUCCAUCCCCGUGCAGGAGAGCUACAGCUCAGAUAUAAAGAAGAAAGAAUGCCUGAACCUGCUGUUAGAUUUUGCAUUUGACUGCCUUGAAUCUCCACAAGGUCAACUAAUCGAUGCCUCGAAGUUUGAUAUUCGGUCCUUUGAGCUAGACGAAGCCGAAUCACCUAAAAAGGAAAUGCACUGGCUUCUCAUUCAUACAUACUAUCUAGCUCUGAGGUAUCUGCCGAAUCUCACUAGGGCUUGGUGGGUGGACUGUAAGAAACGGCUUAAGACACCGGUGGAAACGUGGACGCAAAAAUACGUUUCACCACUGAUAAUCGAAGACUCGUUACAGAAUGUGAGCGAAUGGUACUCGGGGCAAGAUUGGGACAGUGAGGAUCACGCGUUGGAAGUCAAGGUGUCCUCAAAGGCCGCCGAGAUCAUAGGCAGCAUUGAGAUAGAUGAGGAGUCGCCUCCAACAUCCAUCGCUAUUUCACUACCCCCGACGUACCCGCUACACCAAGCCAUCGUAACUGGCCGCUCACGAGUGGCCGUCGACGAGAGGAAAUGGAAGGGCUGGCUCCUGGUGAUCCAAGGACAUGUAGCAGCAGCUUCGUCGAAGGACAAGGUGGUCCAACAAACAGACAAUGACGCCAGUAUCUCGAGACUCAGCGCCGUUGAACUGGGCUAUCUCCGCGACCCAUUCGCGACUAUCUUCGCAUCAGACUCGUCAGAAGUGCGAAGAUAUCCUAUUAUCAACAGAGAGAGAGACUUCUUGCUAACCCGCCGCAUUUCACCACCAGGAACAUACGUAAGGACGACCUCGAUCGAUACACUGGUGACACAGUUCCUAGCCGCAAACGAAACGAAGACGAAGAAACAGAUCAUCUCGCUCGGAGCAGGGUCAGAUACUCGAGCAUUUCGGCUGCUAUCUGAAAAUCCAGGGCUGGACUUGAUAUACCAUGAGCUCGACUUUGCGGACAACACGACCACGAAGAUCACGAAGAUCCUAUCUUCUCCACCCCUCCUCAACGCUCUUCGCAUAUCAAACCGAGAAGAGGUGAUCACAUCUCUCAAUGGCGAUGCAUUCCACUCGAAAUUCUACCACGUUCACUCCAUAGAUCUACGAACUCUCUCAGCUGCUUCUACGUCCUCCGACGGCCCGAGCCGCCCGCAGCUACAGGACAUCGAGAUAGGCAUACCAACACUGUUGAUCUCGGAAUGUUGUCUCGUAUAUCUCUCUCCAGUAGAUGCUGUUAACGUCGUUUCCUAUUUCACGAACACCCUUUUCUCGCCCGAGUGUCGACCGACUACCCCUCUUGCACUAAUUAUCUAUGAGCCCAUCCGGCCCGACGACCCGUUCGGGAAAACAAUGGUGAGCAACCUUGCUGCUCGUGGAAUCCAGCUGCAGACACUGCACCACUAUGCGACACUGCAUGCCCAGAGAGAGCGUUUACAGAGCCAUGGGUUUUCAAGCGGCCAGGGUGUCGCCGAUAUAGAUUUUAUAUGGGAAAAGUGGAUUAGCCAGGAUGAGAAAACUCGAGUAGCUGGGCUGGAGAUGUUGGACGAGAUCGAAGAAUGGAAGCUACUGGCCAGACAUUACUGUGUUGCUUGGGGCUGGCGAGAUGACGCAAGGGAUUCCACGGCUGAAAGACAAGACACAGACCCGGGUGGUGGGCUAUUCCGCAGCUGGGGAGAGCUGCCAUCACAAUGA